AUUAGUUCGACAAAAAAAUAAAGUUUAUACGACAUCGGCAUUUAUUUUGUGUGUAGAUAAUAAUAACUAUCCGAGUCACAUUUCUUCUUCAUGAAAUGGCUACAAAUCCUGAAAAAGAACAGGUUCUUUUACCAGAAGAAGAAGAUGCCACAGAAUUACAGUUUCCUAAAGAAUUUGAAUCAGCAGAAACUCUUUUGAACUCUGAAGUUUUUAUGUUGCUGGAACACAGAAAAGCUCAAAAUGAAAGUGUAGAUGAUGAACAAGAAAUGAGUGAUGUCUUCAUGAAAACCUUAAAUUAUACGCAACGUUUCAGUCGGUUCAAAAAUCGAGAAACUAUUGCUCAAGUGAGAGGACUGCUUUCAAAGAAAAAACUGCAUAAGUUUGAGUUAGCAUGCAUUGCUAAUCUUUGCCCAGAAAAUGCAGAAGAAGCAAGAACGUUAAUUCCAAGCCUCGAAGGUCGGUUUGUCGAAGAGGAACUACAACAAAUCCUUGAUGAAAUUAAAACGCAUAGAAGUUUUCAAUAUUAAUAACUAUUGUUCAAUACUGGAGUAUUUAUGUGCGCAAGAUACUUGUACCCGAAAAACAGUCUUGUAGAGGAUGCCACAAUCACUCAUGUAUUGAGUUGCGCAAGAUAGUGUUGCAUGGCAGACAAAUAUUGUAUCAAUAUGUCAAGGUCAAUUAAUAUCAUUUUUGUGGUAAAAAAAAAACACAUUUUAAA